AUGGACGUGCCCUGGCAGAGGGUGGGGCCAUGGGUAGCAUUGGAACGCCCACACGCGCCACUCUCCAGGCACACGGCUGCGAUUCCGCACGCCGAGGUGACGGCGGUGACGGUGCCCACAAUGGGGCGAGCAGGGCGCCGCGACGGCCGCCGCGCCGCGACGGCAUGGAAAGGGAGCGCAUGGCUCGUAGGCUUCACCGCGGCGGCAGCAGCCUCGUGGAGAUGCAGGCCUUGCAGGCGAGCCUCCAUUAGCACCUUCCGCAAGAGAGAGGAGAAGCGAGAGCGACGUCGUCGCUGGCUCCAGGGACUGGAGGAAGUGCCAGAUGCUGAGGCAGAUGGCACCGAGGGCACCGAGGUGCCGAGCGGCAAGGCCCCGAUCUUCGCGUCAGCGGAGGAGCAGUCCUCCAGCACAAACCUUCGCCGUGGUCUUCGCACGAGUGAGAUGGAGGAGCCCUUGGAUUGGAACAACCCGGGCACCAACGUUUUGGAGAAGGCUCGCUUGGCAGCGGAGGAUUGGGGUGGUUGGGAUGAAGCCGGCUGGUCUGCAGACCCUGCUGCCAGCGCCGGAUCUCUCGAGGCCAUUCCGCUGCCAGGAUUCUUCCGCAUGAGGAGAGCCCAAGCAGAGCCUCCGAAGGCCAUCAAGGAGUUCAUCGCUUUGCAUCAGUUGGGAAAUGUGAAGCUCCCAAAGCUAAAGCGCGGGGAGCACCGCCCGGCAAUCUUUGCGGGCUCGGAUCCAGCACACGACGGCCGAAGAGGAGCCGUCGAUGAUGGCAGAGGCGACACCUUGGGACGCAUGGCCACGGCCGUACACAAGGGCUUCCUGAGGCAGCGGGCCCGGUGCCAUCCGGGCGGCCACACCUCUUCCGCUCCUUUGCCUGAGCGGCCUGAGGUGGCCUUCAUCGGCGCUUCCAAUGUCGGCAAGUCCUCCCUCUUGAACUCACUGACACGGACACAGCAGCUGGCGCCUGCGAAGGAUGAUCCUGGCGUCACUCGCUCCAUCGACUGGUACAAGUGCAGCCGCCUGCCCUUGGAUGUGAUCGACCUGCCUGGCUACGGCUAUGCCAAGGGAGCCCAGUUCGGGCCGCUGGUCGCCGACUUCGUGCAAAGUCGGAAGUCUUUGCGGGUCCUCUACUGCCUCGUGGACGCCAGAACAGGGAUUCGGCCGACGGACUGGAGGUUCUACGCGUCCCUCGGCAACCGGGGGCCCGAGAAGGUCUUCAUCCUUACGAAGUGCGACAUGGUUGUUCCCAAGAUGCUGGCGAAAGUCGCGACUUUGGUUCUCGAGGACAUCCAAAGCAUCCCCCGAUCGAGUCAGCGCCUGAUCAUGGUCUCUGCUCGACAGGGUCAGGGGCUGCACGACCUGCGCUGCCACCUCUGCUCCAGGGCCGUGACGCUGAUGCGAGAGCUCCGGAGACGACAAGAGGAAAGAGAGCACUCGGAGCCCUGA